GAAAGAAGACGGCAGAAGUGGAUCAGUAAUCUACGGCUUAAAACAGGAGCUGAAGCGGACAAUGCUGGAGUUUACAGCGAUCACUUUCUAUCAGCUUCCUUCUCCUUUCCAACAUGGCUGCCAUCGGGAGAGGGGUGACAACAAGCUGUUUAGCAAGAUGUUUUCUGAGACAGACUGGGAAAGUGAGCCGGGGCAGCUUUCCAAUUUCCAACAUUCGGAACCAGGUGCUGCUGCUGCAGAGGUCUCAUCUUCACACGCUGUUUGGGUCCAGCAGGACCCAGCUGAGCCGCAGACACCACGGGAAGAUCGUGUGGAUGAACGCUGCAGCCGUCAGACACAGCAGCUUGCAGAUCCCUCCAGAUGAAGCAUCAAUAGCAGCUCCUGCAGCAGAAGCCCCCAGCAGCCCUCCUGUCCUCGAGUCGUCCUCCGUGUCCCCCCCUGUUGACCCGAGUCCCGUCAUCACACAGUCUGUCUCUGAACCGACGCCCCCUGAAGCAGUUUCCAUGGUGACGUCAUCGCCAGACCUCUCGUCUCCUCUGACUCAGCCGCUCGUAGAGCAGGCAGCUGAAGCUGCUCCGGCUGCAGCUGAUAUCCUGCAGAGCGUGGCUGCAGACGCCAGACUGGUGGACCUGGGACUGGGCGCCCACACACCAGUGGGUCUGGUCCAGAACCUGCUAGACUUCUUCCACCUGGAUCUGGGUCUGCCCUGGUGGGGGGCUAUUGUAGCAGGGACGAUUCUGGCCCGUUUGGCCGUGUUUCCCGUCAUGGUGAAGGGUCAGAGAGAGGCAGCCAAACUCAACAACGUCAUGCCGGAGAUCACGAAGCUCACCACCAAGAUGAACGAGGCCAAACUGAGUGGGAACAAAUAUGAAUUUGCUAAAGCGUACUCUGAUCUGAACCUGUUCCAGAAGAAGCACGACGUCAAUCCUAUCCGGGGCUUCCUGGUCCCUAUGGUGCAGACACCAGUCUUCCUCUCCUUCUUCGUGGCUCUGAGAAAGAUGGCGUACCUGCCGGUUCCCAGCCUGCAGACUGGAGGAGCUCUGUGGUUUAUGGACCUAACAGCUGCAGAUCCAUUCUACAUCCUUCCUCUGGCUACCACGGGAACCAUGUUCUUCAUUCUGGAGCUCGGUGCAGAGUCUGGCGUCGAUAACCCAAACCUGCGAACCAUGAAGACCGUGUUCAGGAUCAUGCCUUUUGUCAUCUUCCCUCUAACCGUCAACUUCCCCACGGCAGUUUUUACCUACUGGUUAACCUCCAACUGCUUCUCUCUGUGCCAAGUGGCUCUGCUCAGACAUCCUGCAGUCAGACAGAAGCUGAAGAUCCCAGAGAGGAUCAAACACCCGGAGUCGGCAAUGCCAAAGACUGACGGAGUGAUCGAAAGCAUGAGGAAAGGGUGGAAGAACGCCCAGCUGGCCCAACAGCUGCAAGAGAGAGAGAAGAGAAUAAAGAACCACCUGGACCUCGCUGCUAAAGGUCCACUCAGGCAGACAUUUACCCACAAUCCUUUGCAGCAGUCGCCCCAGAUGUCCACAGCGUCGGCUAAACAGAAGGAAGCCGAGGUGAAGGUGAAGCCGUGGAAGGAAACGAUUGGCUGAGUCCUUGCAGCUUUUAGCUCCACAGUCACAGUCGUGUACAUAUUUACGGGUGAAGUAAAGCUGUGAUUGUGUUGUUCUAAUUCUAACAUAAACUCUGCCCUACGA